AUGGCAGAUAUUUUCUUUCUCCAUGUCAGAGUCCAGCAGAAGAAUGAAAAUGUCUACUUCUUCACUCGUAAUACUUAUGAAUCUAUGAACCAGAUGCUCUCGCCUCAACUCUCUCCGGAAACCACCUUCCACGUACAACGUUCUUCCUCACUAGGUAUGCUUUCCAAGCUACCAUUCAUUGUGUUUGGAGGGAAAGAAACACUUCCGCUGGGUGCUGCUCCUGCUCAGGGUCGUGAUGACCUAUAUGUGGGGUUACUGACACAAAUGUUGGCACGUUUUUCGCCAGCGGUUCCACAUGGGGCUCUGGGAGUACCUCCAGUGGCAGAGGCGCAGCAGAGGGCUGCGGUUGUGGGUCUUCCGCCUUAUCUAGAGAUGAUGGGGCACAUGCAGAGGAUAGCUACGCCGUUCGUUGAGGGCAGAGCUGAGCUAGAGAAGGCAGACGAGUGGCGUUUAAGACUGGAGCAGAACUUCCGGUCUAUCAGAUGUCCAUUGGAGUACCAGGUCGAGUUGGUAGUCCACUAUCUGAGUGGUGAUGCUCAUUUGUGGUGGCGAGCCAUUGAGGGACGGAGGGCAGUGUGGACUUGGGGCGAAUUCCUUGAGGAGUUCAAUGCCAAGUACUUUUCUCAGGAGGCGCGAGACCGUCUGCAUAUAGGGUGA